AUGGAAAGUCGGCAGAAUGCGAUUGUCAUUCCAGAAGUCAUAUUUGCCAUCCUGGCUGGAUCGAUUGUGUUCUGGAGAAUCAUCAACAACGUAGUCCUGAAGAACUUAUACAGACUUGCUGACCUGCUCAUCUUUCUGGCUUUGGUGAGCAACCUUGUAGCAUUGUCAUGCAGCUCUCUAUCUACACAAUAUGGUCUGGGAAGGCACAUCUACGACCCAUCAAUUACACCCGACAUGCUCGUGACGUGUCUGCGAUGGAUCUGGAUCGGUGAAGCCACGAAUCUUAUAUCGAUGCUCUUCGCCAAACUUAGCAUCGCUGCGUUCUUGUUGUACCUGGACUUUGCGCCUGGAUACAAGAUCGCCAUGUGGUUUACGGUUGGCAUUGUCCUUGUCUGCAAUGGAGCUGUCGCACUCACCUCGAUCUUUGGGUCAUGUUCGCCAGUCUCUCUCAAUUGGAACAUGAAUCAGCCAGGCCAGUGCUGGGAUCCUCGCAUCAAUAAGAUUUGCACAUACGUGCAAUCUGGCUCGAAUAUUGUCACCGACAUCUUGUACACAUCGGUGCCAAUCUUCUAUCUCUCGACAGUGAAAUUAGGAGCAAACGUCCAGUGGGGACUACGCAUCGUCUUGCUAUUUGGACUGAUCGCGACUGUAUGCUCAGUCGUGAAGAUCGCGGUCGCCGGAAAGAUGUUCAACACGCACGACCCUACUUGGGACGCCGUAGAUCUCUCAAUCUGGAGUACAGCCGAAGUUAAUGUAUGCAUCAUCGCCGCCUGCCUACCACCAUUACGAAGCCAAUUCGAUUCCUUCCUACGACGCUGCUUCGGCAUGGCCUUUUCAAAAUCCACAAAUCGAAGUCGGCCAACCUACGGCUCUCAAUCAAUCGCACUCCAAACACAUAGCAAAUCUCACCGAACCGUAAUCGAAGUGGAGGCGCAAGAUUUCGGUAGUGAACGCUCCAUCCUACCACCCGACGACGUAGAAGACGGCAUCAUCAGAGAGACACGACAGGUGCAGGUCAAAUAUGAAGAGCAUGGACGUGACGGAGCAUACUCGCCAGACCAUUAUGAUGGUCGACAGUAG